GUCCACUCAGCUGUUUAUUAUCUGUGCUGUGUGGACACACUGUUUUCUGACCCAAACAAAUUUUAACGAAAAUAAAUGUAAUUUUUGUUUUGCUUAAAAUGGAUGAUGAAGAAUCCCUGCACCGCUUCGGCACACCGCUUCCACCGCUGGAGAAGGACGUAGUGCCGGCCAAGAAGCCGCUGGCGAUUGAGGACCAAAUCGUAAAAGAUGAGAACGGAAAGAGGCGCUUCCAUGGCGCCUUCACGGGCGGAUUCAGUGCCGGCUUUUGGAACACGGUGGGCUCCCUGGAGGGCUGGACACCGAAGACUUUCAAGAGUUCGCGCGCAGAGAAGGCCACUCCGAGAGCCCAACAGCGGCCCGAGGACUUCAUGGACAAGGAGGACCUGGGAGAGUUCGGCAUCGCGCCGCAGGGCAUACGCACUCGCGAGGAGUUCGCCAAGGAGAGCGAGGAGGAGCAGCGCACGGGCCAGCGCAAGAGGAAACUAAUGCAGCCAGAGCAGGUCGGUCCCAUUCCAGGGGUGCCAGUGCUGGAGCACCUGCUCCGCCCAGUCCGCGACAAGGUGGCCAUGAGGAUACUCAAGAGCAUGGGUUGGAAGCCGGGCCAGGGCGUGGGUCCCCGCCAGACCAGGAAGGAGAAGCGUCUGGCCAGCGCCAGAAACAAGCGGGAGCAGUAUCUCCUUGAGCACUACGGAGCCGAGGGACUGCCCAGCCUGGAUCAGCUUCAAAACGCAGAUGUAGAAGAAGGAAACGAUGAUGAUGAUGAUGAUGAGGAUGAUGAGGAGAUCACCUUUGCCCCCAAUGACUACGAGCCCAUCUUCUACACGCCCAAGGAGAAUCGCUUCGGCAUGAGUUACUCCGGCCUCAGCCGAGACCCCAUUCUGUCCAAGUCGUCCUCUUCCCAUCCAGCAGCUCCCAUGCAGCACAUCAAUCUGUUCGGCCAGCUGGAGACGCAGCCCAAGCAGAAACAGCUCUCCAUACGAGGCCAGGCCUUUGGAGUUGGUGCCUUUGAAGAGGAGGACGACGACAUCUAUGCCCGCGAUGACUUGACACGCUACGAUUUCUCCCUGGCCGACAAGAAGCCCAAGCAAAAGAAGCUCCAGCACGUCCAGCAGCGCCACGUCAUCGAUGGCUUCAGCGAGGACAAGUCGGGAGCAGCCCUGCAAAAGUCCUACGCCAUAGAUCUCCCACGGGACUUUAAGCCCAGGAACUGGCUGCAGCGGCGCAGUCGCUUUGAGCCCAUGGACAGCGAGCGGACCAAGAAGCUGGAGGCGAGGAAUGAAUACAAAAAGACAGGCCUCGGCAGGCACGACCUCAAUCCGGACCAGCGGGCCCAGCUGCUGGGGGAACAGAAGAGCCAGAAAGAAGAGCAGCAGCAGCAGCCGCAGCCGCCCAGCCGCAAUCCCUUCAAGGAUCGUGGCAAAUUGCUGGAGCUCAUAAACGCCAAGUCUGAAGGCUUCACCAAGGGUGGUCUGAUAACCGAGGAGGAGCUUCCCAAAGCAGAGACGGCUGCAACAGCGAUGGCCAAGCAGGUGAAAGAAAACAAUGCAACGAUCCAGGAGAAGGCCGUCCUCAAGACCAAGGAUUUGGCCUCUGCGACUCCCUUAGGUGGCUUCAAGCCCUUCCUGGCGGACGAGGCCAAGCAGGAACGCUACGAUAAAUUUUUGGACGCACAGCUCAAGACAGAUGCGGAGAUAACAGAGUUCCUGGCCAACAUGCAGCCGGUGACGCUUUCCCUGUGGGAUCGAGAGAUGGAGAAGAAGGAAUUCAUUCAGGCAGCCAAGAUCUAUCGACCCCUGAAUGGGCUCAUGUACGACAGGUUCGUGUCGGAGGCCACCGUCCAGGCGGAACAGGCCAAGGAGCAGCAGAAGCCGCCCGAGGAGCGGAAGGUGGUCAUGGAGCGGACCAAGACCAUGUGGAAGCCCGCCUCGCUGCUCUGCAAGCGUUACAACAUAGCCGAACCAUUCGGUGGGUCCAUGCUGGAGCCGCCAAAGGAGCUCAAAGGAAAGCCCAAGAUAUCAAUAUUCGAUUACCUGGAGACUUCCAUCAAUAGCAAGGCCGAUUUUCAGACUCCAACGAUCAGACCCAAGCACAUGGAGAAGCCCAAGCCAGCUGUAGCUUCUUCGUUUGCUUUAGCUCCCUUAGCCCCUCCAGCUGCUGUGGCGCCUGAGCCAGAAAAAGAGAAACCUGCUCAGAAGAAGGAAGAGGAGCCUAUAGUCAAGGCAAGUUUUGUGCCGAGGACUCCCUUGGAGCAUGCUGUCGAUGAGUCCCGGGAGAAACCCAUUUCGGAGAAGAAGGAUCUGUUUAGGAGCAUCUUCGAGGAUAGCGACGAUGAGGAGAAGGUGGCUGUGCCACCUCCUCAGAUAGCAACAUUGUCCACUCCGCAGGAAAAACUGGCUGCAAUUAAUGAAGCUUUGGGUCUGCCCUCGACCUCGGCUGCCUCGGCGGCAACCUUGAAUGUUCUGAGAAAUAAUUCACCGCCGCGCGGGAUCUUUGCGGCACUCUUCAAGCCGAUAGAGGAGGCCGCAGCGCCUGCAAAGUUCGCGCCCAUCGAGGGGAACAAGCUGAAGAUUGCCUACAAGUCGCGCGAGGAGCGACUGAGGAACGACAAGGAGCUGGCCAUGGCUCAAGUGCCAGCCGAGGAUAUCUAUGGACCCAAGCUGCCUGGAAAAGGGCCGCCUCCAAGGACCCAGGAGACCGACCAUGCCGAAGUUGACCUCGAGGCGAAGCUUCAGCAUCUAUGGCAGAAGCACGCUCCUAAGAAGCGCUCUGCCGACAAGUGGGUGGAGAAGAAGACUCUCUCGUCUGACGAUAGUGAUAGCGAUAGUUCUAGUGACACAUCUAGUUCCUGCUCUGCCUCGUCCCCUCGCAAGGCCAAGAGAUCAAGAGUCAGCAAAUCUAAAAAGAGCUCCCACCGAAGCUCUAGCUCGAAAAAGUCUAAGAAAUCCAAACAGAAAUCAAAGAAAAAGUCAAAGAAGAGCAGCGACAGAUCAAAGCCUAAAGCGAAAAAGAAAAAGAGCAAGCAUUGAAUGUCAAUAUUAAAUAAAAGAAGUCUCUUCUUAAUCAAUUAUGCCACUUAAUGGUUGGACAAACACUUCCCGAGCA